AUGACCGGCCCAGUGCGAACCCGAGCCGCAACGCCUCAAAUGGGCAAUCCUGGCUCGAAUAUUCCGGCAAUGAAUCAAAGUGUUCCAUCGCCUGGUCAAAUUCCUAAUCUUGUUCCGCAGUUUUCACCUGCAUCGAACAAACCGGCGCAGAUGAGCCAACAAGGCAAUGGCGCUCUAAAACCGACCAAUGCCAACAUGAAUCAAAUACGUCCACAGCAAAUGCAGCACUCUCCAUUUCCUGCACCGCAAGCGCCUUCUCCAUCUCAGCCACAGCCAUCACCGAUGGGCAUGAAAGCUGUUCCAUCGCCACUUCAAAGUACAACUUCAGUUCCAUCUCCAAUCGCGCAGCCACAGCAAAUUUUUUCUGGUUUUGUUCCUAUUCACCAAGAAGAAUUUAUGAGCUCUAUGAAGGAGAUGAUUGAAAGCCAUAAAAAGGAGCAGCAACUGAAGCAUCAACAGCAAAAAAUGUUGGGCCAAAUGCAAAUGGGUAUGGGCCAUCCUCAGCCAAUGGCAACUCAGCAAGGUCAAUCAACACUUCCUGGCACGCAAGUGACCAACACUCAGCCGCAGUUAGCUCAGAUGAAUUCAGUUGGCCCACUGUCGAUUCAGUUGUCGCAUGGUGGUCCAGGCAUGCCCGGCCAGUCACCAGUUGCGACCGGUGCUGCGCAGAUUAUGCCUGCCAAUAACUCGAACACUAUGUUUCAGCAAAUAAACAGCGGCAAUGGGAACUUUCAAGCAGGCCAAAACCCGAAUACAGCUACAUCGCAGGCCGGCCAAGUUCCCAUGUCCCAGGCGACUACGGUUCAAGGGGGCAAUAUUUCCCUUCUCAAUCAGCCCAUCAACACUAACCAACCAAAGGGGGCGGUGUUCAUUGGAAGCACCAUUGGCACUGGAGCUGGCAACCAAAUGGUCACUACUACUGCGAACACUAACACCAUGCAGAUCAAUUUGAACUCGGGGACCAAUGCAGGAAUCACUCAGAUGCAGCAACAACAACAGCCUAACUUGCCUAUGGGACAGCAGCAGCAACCGCAGUUGAUGCAGCCGCAGAAUGCCGCGGCUGUUCCAGGACAACAGUUCAACAUCAUGGCCAACUCACAGCCGCAGAUUAAUUCAGGCCAGGGAAAUAUGCGUCCGGUCAAUGCUGCCAACAUCAACAUAGCGACAGCUGCAGCUGCUGGAAAUGCCGGUAAUGGAUUUGGCUCGAACGAGCGAGAGCAGAACUUGAUGGCAAUUAAACAGUUGGAAAUGAAGCUGAAAGAAGCACAGAAGCAAGAGAUGGAGUACCAGAUGCACCAGCACCAACAAGACGUGCCCAAAGGGCAAAUUAUUGGACAGGCACCGCAGCAGCAAAACAAUGCACAGAUUCGACAACAUCUUCAACAUCAGCUGCAGCAAAAACAAAUGAUUCAUAUGCAGCAGCAGCAACAACAACAGCAACAACAGCAGCAGAAUCAGAACCUGAAUCAGAAUCAGAAUUUGCAGUUGCGACAAAUUCUUCAGCAGCAGCAACAACAGCAGCAGAUGCGAACUAUGAACCCCGGUAACUAUAACAAGCCAGGUAAUCAGGCUAGGUUACAAACAGCUGUUGGGGUCACUCAGCAGCUGCCCACGCAACAGCAACAGCAGCAGCAACCUCAGAUAAUGCUUCAAGCGGGACAGAUUCCACAGCAGCAGGGACAGUUCCGCUUUCAGACGACCAUGCAAGCUCAGCAGCAGCAGCAGCAGCCACCGCAGUCACAGCCGCAGGUACAGCAAGGGCCAGCCGGCCAACAACCACAACAGCAAACUCGCGGCUUUUUCGACGAACAAUACAGUUAG